AUGGCUGUAUGCAUACAGUCCUCCGAUAGCGCCUUCCUCUUCUGCGCCGCGGUCACGGUCCCUCUCACCUCAGUAGUGCUCUCCCUCUGCUGGCCGGAUUCGAGGGCCAAGGGUGCGUCCCCAGAUCACAGCGGACGACGCGCCGCCACUCUUCGUGAAGAUCGCACCGGCGGGAGCACCAUCGACCACGCGGAGCUGUGGGACGUCGAUCUGGAUUUUGAUAUGAGAAAACUUGUCCAUUGGAACCAAUCUUCCCUCUAA